AUGUUGUUUAAUGCGGGAAUAAUGAAUUCCAUGAUGUACGGUACAUCGAAAAGGACACCAUUGCUAUUUCGCCAGUUCCACAUAUCCAGAAAUGUCCUUGAAAAGAUCAAAAUGGGUGAGGACCAAGAGAAAUACUUUGUUCCCAACAACGGCGAAGAAUAUCAAAUCAGAUACAGAACUCACGGUAACUCAUUCUAUAGUCAAAGAUUGGACAAAAAGUACAGACUUGGAAAUACCCCGAUCUAUCAAAAUCCUUUAAUUAAUUUUGUUAUUGGCUCAAAAAGAUUAUCUCUUGCCUUUGGAGCAGUGGGGUGUGUCUUUGCAUAUUUGAUGGAUAGAACUGGUCUAGUUUAUACAGAAAUCUCACAGUUGGUGGCCAUUUUCUCCUUGCUACCAUUUCCUGCAGUUACAUACUUGUUUGAUCCAGUUGUUGCAAGGGUAUGGAGGAUAUAUGACACGACAAAGCCGCAAGUCUACGAAAACUUAGUUGCAGAUGAAAAGAUAGUGCUUGAAAAACUAAACUGGAAUGGGUUUAGAACCUAUAAUGAGUUAGUAAGAGUUGAUAGUUUACAUGUUCCAAAAGGUAAAAAUGACUAUAGGGGAAGAUUUGGGUUUGUGAAUUUAUUUUCAUAUGACGAAAAAUUAAAGAGCACAAAGUACUACUAUAUUAACGAUGGUUUCACCAACUUUAAGAUGGAAAGAAUUAUAGCACUUGCAGAGAAAAGAAGUGGAAUAAAGAACUCAGGUAGAUCCUUCUAUGGGUUUUAG